CUUCCUUUCUCCUGAAAUAAUCAAAACUUCGAUAGAUAGAAUAAAGCGUUUGUUGUUAAUAACGUUAAUAAAAAUUAGGGAUGGGCAUUUAUCGUUUUACAGCUAAAUACCCAUACCAAUGAAAUACAAUAGCGAGUUGGUUGAUUCUGUGAUUGUGUUAUAUUUGUAUUAGCUUAGGAUUUUGAGUCUAAAAUGAACGGAUUCAUAGCCGUACACUGCGGUGCCGGCUAUCACAGUGAUAAUUUAAAAAAGGAAUAUCAGAAACUGUGCCAUGUAGCUUGUAGGAAAGCAAGUGAAUCACUCAAGCAGGGAGGCAAUGCUGUUGAUGCCAUUGAAAAAGCAAUAAUAGAACUGGAAAACAGCCCACUGACCAAUGCUGGUUACGGUUCAAACUUGAGUUGGGAUGGUUCAGUUGAAUGUGAUGCAUCAAUCAUGAAUGGCCAGACAUUACAUUUUGGUGCAUGUGGUGCAGUUUCCAAUGUCUGGAAUCCAAUUACAUUGGCAAAACAACUCUGUGUGAAACAAUGUGACAGUCUCUCCCUAGGCAGAGUGCCCCCUUGCAUCCUCACGGGUAAAGGCGCCAAACUCUGGGCAAAGAGAAUGGGAUUGGAAAUUGUUGAUGACCGCAAAAUGAUUUCAGCUAGAGCUUACAGGAGCUAUAAGCAUUGUAAAAGAAAACUCAAGAGGUAUUCUCUGCAAAAUGAUAUAAAAUUCAGUCCCCUAGAUACUGUGGGAGCUAUUUGUAUUGACUCUAAUGGUUUAGUGGCUGCUGGAGCUAGUUCAGGAGGAGUAUCACUGAAACAUGAAGGUAGAGUCGGGCAAGCAGCCUCAUUUGCUAGUGGAGUAUGGGCAGUUACGAGCAGAGACGGAAUCCAACAAUCAAUAGCAUCUUGCACUUCAGGAUGUGGAGAGCAUUUGAUAAGAACACAACUAGCAAAGAAUACAGCCGAGAGUUUGUUAGAACCAUCACCAGUAUUAGGCUUAGAUAAAUGUUUGAAAGAAAAGUUUUUAGAAUCCCCAUAUUUGUGGGAUGUGGGGCAACGGCUGGGAGGGACUUUGGCUUUACGAUUUGACCCCCAAGGUGGAGAAGGAGAGGUGAUUUGGGGACACACAACCAAGACAAUGUGUGUUGGAUUUAUGUCUACCGAAAGUGAUAGGCCAAAGUGUGUGUUUUCUUAUCUUCCGCAAAAAGUGACACCUGGGCAAAAAGCAGUGGUCUCCGGCCAUCCUUUCACAGUACCAGUGCAUCCCAACCCUGUAGUGCAGUGGGAGAUCAAAACUGACCCCCACUUGAUUGAAACUAAUCACAAUGGAUCUCUUUGACAAACAGUAAUGGUAUAGUUCCUCUGACAAACUAAGUAUUAUGCUUCCAUUAUUAAAAAGGUAUAUUCAAUAAAAAAAACUAGUUAAUUACUGUAGCAUGAAAAGUGAGAAAAAUAAAUGGUUACCAUUAGAACAA